GUCUCAUUCAUGUUCAAGCAGAAAGGUAUAACUAGGUUCUCGUCGGUUUCCAGCUGAACAGUAUUCUUGAGAGAUUGUGGUUCAGACAGUUCAAUCUCAUUGAUAAGAGAACCACAAUGGCCUCUUCUCCUUUCAUUAUCACAGAACAUACCGUCGAUUGCCAACAUAUCCGCGAGUAUCCUCAUGCAACGAGACACGGCGACGAUGCGCUACAGCUGGCAGUGAAGCAAUACAUUCCCAAAUCGAACCCGAAUCCCCAGCCGGGAGAUGUAACCAUUAUUGGGGCGCAUAGCAGCGGGGUGCCCAAGGAGCUCUAUGAGCCCAUAUGGGAAGAACUUCUAGCAAAGCUCGAGCAUCAAGGCGUCCGUAUUCGCUCAAUCUGGAUUGCAGACACUGCGAGCCAAGGCGCCAGCGGACUGCUGAACAAGCAAUACUUGGGCAAUGACCCAUCAUGGUUCGACCACUCCCGCGACCUCCUUCAUCUAGUAAACACCUUCAAAGCCGAGAUGCCGAGACCCAUCGUGGGAAUCGGACACAGCCUUGGAGCCGGACAAUUAGCCCUCUUGUCCCUAAUGCACUCCCGCCUGUUCACAUCCCUCGUCCUUAUCGAAUCAGUGUUUGGCCGGGACAUUCUCAGCGGAAAAGGUCUCGCGUUCGCGCAGGGAUCACUGGCUGCUCCUGACAAUUGGGCCAGUCGUGCAUCAGCCGCGGCCUAUUUCCAGAAAAGGCACCGCAGCUGGGACCCGAGGGUGCUGGAUCGGUUCCUGAAAUAUGGCCUCCGAGACGUAGAGCGGGAGAGCUCGUCGGACAAGGCCCAACGAGAAGUCACUCUCACCACUACACAACAUCAGGACGUCAUGCAGUACCUUCGCGCGAACUUCUCUCACCGCAAGCCAUUGAGACCAGAUACAGAGACUGACACCCCGGAGGACACCCACGACCCGUUGUUCCACCCGGAUGUUAUUGGCCCCGCUCACGCGAUCGCUCCCUUCUAUCGCUGUGAACCGCUCCUGGCGUAUAAGCUGUUGAAACACGUCCGUCCAUCCGUGCUGUAUAUCUUUGGCGAGAAGAGUCCGAUAUCGACGCCAAAACCGCGAGCCGAGAAGGUAGAGCGCACGGGAAGGGGCUUCGGGGGCAGUGGUGGGUACAGACACGGUAGGGUCCGGGAGGUCACGCUCCCUGCAGCGGGGCAUCAGGUUCCGUUCGAGGAUAUCGCGGGGGUCUCGAGUGCGACAGCGGAAUGGGUGAAGGAGGAGAUGCUGCGGUGGAAGAGGGAUGAGGAGAGGAUAACACACGGCUGGGUCAACCGUUCAGUCGAGGAUCGGUUGUCCUUGUCGGAGGAAUGGCAAGCUCGGUUGAAGGAAUCCUUGGGAAAGUACAAGCUAGCGAGAUCAAAGCUAUGA